UAUAAAUUUGAAAUUAAGUCAAGUAAAGACAAGCUUAAAUUUAAUGUAAACAAUACCGUCCAUCACUAUUUGAAAUAUUUGGUCCUACUUAAAGCACACGAUAGUAGAACAAAUUGCGAUAAGUCCACCAAUUGCUCGGCAACUCUGGUGGCCGUUUCAAAAACUUUCUUUCGUCUUCUGACUUACUAGAGAGCAGACUGCUCUUUCUUUGGCCAAAACUGCGGCGCUUUCCACUGGAUUAACAGGAGAUACCAACACUUCGGUCGUUCUUUAAAACUCUGCUCGUGGCAGGAUAAUGAACAUUCCCAUCUACCAAUUGCCCUCGGUGACAAUGCAGUCGAUGCGCCAGCAAUCGAUGUACCAGCAGACCUAUUUGGAUCGCAAUCGCAUGGUCACCGAUGUCUUCGUGCAGGAACAUGUCUCGCAGAGCUCCUGGUCAAUGGCCACGCCCUCUCUAUCGGCUGUGUUUAUACCUGGUACUGCCAAUUGCCCCAUUAUGACUGGAAGUGCCCAUGGAGCCUGUCAUCCCAACCCGCCGGCUCCUCAUCCACCUCCUCCGGCUGCGAAUCCUCCUCAUAUGACCUAUAUGGCCAUGCCGGGUAUGCAGUAUUAUGCAGCCAGUUAUGCGUCCAUGAACGCCUAUGGCCAGGGUCAGGUGUAUUCUGCUCGUGCUUCGGCUACCACCAGCUGCAAUAUGGCCGGAUUCUAUGUGCCGAACUACUAUUCAAGUGGCACUCAUGCUCCGCCGGCCAAGCAGUUCCGGACCGCACACACCCAGACACAGGCUCCCAUCAAGCGCUGCUGCGACGUGGCCACCCAGGUGGAUAUGGGCCUUGAAUUAUCCCGUUUAGAGGUCAUGAAGCCAAAACCUGCUCCCUUCUUCGAUAGUUUUGGUCCCGAAGAAUCGAGCAUAAGUUCCUUGGAAAGCGGUGCCGGCGAUGGCUUGCGAGUCCAAAAUCUGCUGCGCAACUCGGAGGUGGUGUUGCUCCAACAGCGGCUCCACGACAUUACUAGAAUCUCUCUGCAGGGCAGCGAGAUAGCGGAACGUCUGGCCAAUGCCCAUCGCAAUCGUCCGUGCUUCAAGAAGAUCGAUACACUUUGUGCCCGCUUGAAACAGGAUCUUCUGCGUCCGGAUGGCGUGCUGCCCAACAUCAACUCUCAGGGAAUCGCCUGGGCUGUUAAGGAUUUUAUAUUCGUCUUCACCCGCAUUGUGAAUGCCUGGGUAAUACUGAAAGGCUAUGUUUAUAACACCCCCGAGGGUUUGAACAAGAUCAAGGAUGAGUUGCCCGCAGGUUUCAUGGCCAUUUUUGAUUCCUGGCAAGUUUCGACCUUAUCCCUUGUGCAGAUGAUUAUAAAAUCCUUUGUGAGUCUGGAUGAACUCUUGCAAAAACAAAAGAACAGCUUUUCUGGAAAAGAUGGAAGCGCUCUGAUGCACGUGAACAAUAGUAGUUCAUUGAGAAGUUUGAUAGACAGCAACGAUAGCAGCAGUUUGGGACAGAAAAACCAGGCAGUGACUAAUGGUCAUCCCAUUUGUCCAGGCCAAGGGCCCAGUGCCUAUAGCACUCCACGGAAUCAGAAUGGAAUGGGGAAAUCCUUUUCAGAAGGCCAAGAGUCACGUGGCUGCCGGACUUCAACGUCCCCAGCUAUCUACAAGCCAAAGUGUGGAAUUAAUCUGAACUAUUUGUACACUAUGAUCGAGGAUUCCGAAGAAACCCAACGCAACGUGGAUGCUAAUGGUACUUAUCUGAAAACUGGAACCUAUCAACCACUGCAAAAAGAGUCGAAACAAUUAGAGAUGCCGCCCUUAAAGCCCAAAGAUCCGUACCAGGAAUCCCAAUGGCAGAGAAAGAUUCCUCAAAAGCCUUUGCCACCGCAGGAAAUUCGUCAACCUCCAGCCCCGAUAGCAGAAAAAUCUCGUGCGGAACCGGAGCGUCAGAAAGAUGUGAGGGCUUUUACGAAUCCAUUUAGCCUGAUCGGGCGAGAGGUCACUCGCCAGCUGUGCGAGUUCAGCGACCGCGUAAUGGAGCUUAAGCACUUGGAGCGCUUCUUUCGGAAACAGUUCACUCGCAACUAUUACCCAGAUUUCUUUCAGCACUGCCAGGAUGAGUUCAUUGAUGUACGUGCCAUUAUUCUGCAGUGCGAGAGGGCUUCCUACCAUCAUCUCUACCAGGCAAUUCACGAUCUACGUCGAAUCACAUUCGCGGGGCGCUGCUACCUGAAGAUUUACUCGGACGAAAACCUUCAGCACUACAUCGAUCUCUACGAGCGCUCUGUGAAUGAAAUGCUAUCCAAGCCACCGCAUAUUCCCAAUCAAUAUGAUCACAUUAUGGGGAGGCCAGGCGAGAAGCUUUUUAACUAUGAAAUCUAAUCGAAGAAUACCCAGUCAUUAUCAAGUUGGUUAUUGGUUGAUAGUUGGCCCACUCAAGCGGCCUUUUCUAGCUUUAUAUCUUGAAGUUAAGUAUAAUUAAUUCAACGAUUUCUUGUGAAGAGUUUAAUUGCGAAACCUCACAAGAGUCGAUAUAGCAAACUAUAGUGCCUUAAACUGAAUUGGAAUAAUGCCCAAUUUAGUGUUCGACUAAAAAGACGUACAACUGAUUCAUCAAAUUUAUAAAUUUUCUCAUUCCAAAGAUUUAAAGCUUUAAGGAAUUUUUACAUCUGUUUUUCGGUCGCAACAUUUAGUCAAACAUAUGAUUAAAACAAAACAUUUAUUUUAAAAUAUUAUAUAUAUAUAUAAUUUUUUUUUAAUGUAACAACUUUGUACGGAUUUAACUACUUUCUACUUUGUUAAAUUCACUACAAAAAUAGAUUGCCACUCAAAUUAAUAUUUGUAAAAUUAAAUAAAGCUAGGACAAUGGAUGUUAGUUUUCAUUUGUUAUUUGUUAAGUAAACUCAAAACGGAUUUAUAAGUUAGGAACACAAUAAAAAAACAAUAAAUAAAAUCAUAUAAAAAUUGA